CGUUUGCCACACCUCUAUAUUUAUCAUAACCAUAUUCAUAUUGAACAUUGAGCACCAGAAUCUUUUGCAUUUAGUGUUGUUUAGUCUGAUUUAGCUGUGAGAACAUUGAUCUCCCAAAAUGGCACACUCAUCAAACGAUGCUAACGCUAAACAGUUUUCACUUGUUCCUAAAAUAAUCAACGGAGGAAUAGCUGGAAUUAUUGGAGUUUCAUGUGUAUUCCCUCUUGAUUUAGUAAAAACACGCCUACAGAACCAACAAAUUGGACCUAAUGGAGAGAAAAUGUAUAGCUCAAUGCUCGAUUGCUUCAAAAAAACUUAUAAAGUGGAAGGAUAUUUCGGCAUGUAUCGGGGAUCAGCCGUGAAUAUUCUGCUUAUUACUCCAGAGAAAGCAAUAAAACUAGCUGCCAACGAUUUUUUCAGGCAUAAGUUAACAACUAAGAAAGGAGAGCUGCCUGUAACGCGUCAGAUGGUAGCUGGAGGACUUGCUGGUUUCUGUCAAAUAGUUGUAACAACACCGAUGGAAUUAUUGAAAAUUCAAAUGCAAGAUGCCGGUCGUGUUGCUGCACAGGCUAAAGAAGCGGGCAAACAUGUGUCUAAAACCUCUGCUACCAAAAUAGCACUAGAGUUGAUAAGAACAAAAGGAAUCACUGGACUAUAUAAAGGUACUGGAGCCACCAUGCUCCGUGACGUGUCAUUCUCAGUGGUGUACUUCCCGUUAUUUGCAACUUUGAAUGACUUAGGUCCCAGAAAAGCCGAUGGGUCCGGAGAAGCAGUAUUCUGGUGCUCUUUCCUUAGUGGAUGCGCAGCAGGGUCUUUCGCGGCAUUGGCUGUAAAUCCAUUUGAUGUCGUCAAAACUAGGCUGCAAGCUCUCAGAAAAGCUGAAGGUGAAAUUCAGUUCAAUGGGCUAGCAGAUUGCAUUAGGAAAACACUUACCAAUGAAGGUCCGCAAGCAUUUUUCAAAGGAGGACUCUGUCGAAUGAUAGUUAUAGCUCCGCUUUUUGGAAUAGCUCAAAUGGUGUAUUUCCUUGGAGUAGCGGAAUUUUUACUCGGAGUGAAACAAACAAAAGUGUAAAUUGUUACCUAAGCAUGUUAUGCAAUAAUAGGACAAUACAUAGAACUCAGAUAUAAAGUUUGCGCAAAAUAGUGAUACGUUAUAUUUCUAAAACAUCCACAUGCAUGUAUCAUAUCGUCCAAGCAUUUCUGUAUGAUGAAAUAACCAUUGUGUACUUCAAAUGGAAUUGUGGUGUUCAACCGAAUUGUAUUAGUGAUAAUAGAAAAAGUUAUGUCGUUCUGACGUUUUGGGACAUACAUUAUACAAGCAUUUUCAAAGUUGGAUGUAGACAUGUACAGUUGUUGAUGUGCAGUGUUUGAUAAUGAGAUAUUAAUGUGUAUGAAAUUAUGGUAUUAAUGAAGAGAUCACAUUGAUGUGGAUGCAUUUUAGCCUCAAAUUUAAUAUACACGUCUAUUAUUUGUAUUUUGUCUAUGAUAUGGCAUCGAAUUCUCUACAAAAAUCUUCCAAAAUUACAUAUCUUCCAGUCCUUCCAAUGUUUCGGAAUACGCAAAAUUUUCGAAAAAUGAAUUCAUAAUUUCAUUAAGUUAUUUUGCUUAAAUUAUUUAGUUUUCAACAUUCCAUAAUAUGAAAUAGUUUAUCGAAUUAUCCGUCUACUGAAACUGUACGAGUAUGUCAUUUGUUUUGUUUACUAUGUGGAUUUGGUGAAUUACUUUUGAAAUUGCGUUUUAACUGAAACUGCGUCAACUAAAACUGAGCAUCAAUUAGUAAACAGUGAAAUGUUACAAUUUCGUAGGUGGAACAAAUAUAACAAUAAAAUAUUCCCAAUUAUAA